CAAUUGGUGCUUUCCACAACGCUCAUCCAAUUCACCUUCAUGGCCAUACCUUCCAUGUAGUUCACGUCGGAUACCCAGAUUAUGACCCAAAACCUGGUUUUAUUACAAACCACAACAGUGAUAUAUACUGCGAUGACGUUCACUGCACACAACAGAACUGCGAUAAGAGGAGAUGUACCAGACCAAGAUGGAACCGAGAAAAGCGCUUUUCUAUAGAUUCCCAUACGAUCAGAAAGGACACAGUUAUGCUCCCUGCUGGAGGGUACGUUGUUAUCAACUUUCUAUCCGAUAAUCCUGGCAACUGGUUUCUUCACUGCCACAUAGAGGUACACCAGCUCGAGGGAAUGGCAAUGAUUGUCAAUGAAGCUCCACACGAGCAAAGUCAAUUGCAACCACCGAAAGAGAUGAACAAGUGUGGAGACGUUGAGAUAAGUGUCCAAACGUAUCAAAACUAUCAAUCCAAGUUUCACAGAAUGUACGCUUAG